AUGAGUGCAAGGACCAUACCAGUCGAUACUUCGAAUUGCCGCUUCCGUCGAAGCCUUGCCGGUGUCUUGUUGAUUGGCUGCCUCGUGCUGGAUCUGCAAGCCGUCAGAAUCUCCAGAGACCUUGCAAUUACUACUAGAGAUGUGGCUGUGGGCGCUCCAAUGACAAAUGAUGUCCCACUCAAAAAACGUGGAGAUAUUGACGAGGCGCCUUUUGUGCUGGACUCUGUUUGCGGUGGGUGCCGUACCACACGUGUCAUUAGAGAGGGCAGGCAUGUUCUAUGCGGAAAGCUGGUUCAGGAGACUAUCACCAGAACUCCCACAAUGACAUUUGAGCAGGCGGGACAACACGUCGUCCAACAACACCCCAAAUGCCAAGUUUGCCUGGCUUCGUCUUGUCACGACGAGAAAACUCGAUACUGGAGAUACGACAGAGUCUUCCCUCAGAUUCUGCAGGCAACGUCACACUACCUUCCAAGUGUUCCCCAUGAAUACCGUCUGCCACAAGAGCUUCUGGAUGCAGCCAAGUCCCAAGGUGCCGACGAAAUGGACGAUACAUACAAACAGUUCUUCAGAGAUCCCCAGAACUCCUAUCCGAACAGACGUUAUCUGUUUGAGUACAAUCCUAGUUUGAUCCGGAUCCCCAAAGAGAUGCUACCCAAUCUAACCACGCCGAAUGGUGAGACGCCUGCAUAUCUUGCAUCCUAUCGACUGUCCACCUACGACAACUGCUUCCAUCCAAACACAAGCAAGCAAAUGUUGGGUGGGAUAUGGAAGGAUGCUUUGCAGCAUGUUGAACAUCUGGGACUUGCACUGCUACGAGCUGACUUGUCCAUCAUACAAGACGUGGCCCUUCGCCCAUCUAGAAAGUUUUUUGGGAAGUUUGAAGACUAUCGCUUGUUUCUCUUAAAGGGCCAAAUCUACAUUGCGACAUUCUGUCACAUGGCACCGUUGUGGAUUCACAGCACAACCAACAACACCAAACCAGUACUAGCUAGGGAUCAAUACAUUGUUCCUAGACUGCACCCUCGCGAGAAAGGGAACACUGACCCAAACUCUUUUCAUGUCUCGAUGGGACAGCAGGUUACCCUGUGCUCUGGCCAUGAUGAAGAUAAAAAGCAUGCCAAAAGCGUGCAUUACUUUUUGAAUUCCAAGGAUGAGCUAGUGGUGGAGACACGCCCUCUGGAUCCACAUGUAGUCCAAAAAGCCCGGCUAGCAGGGGAGCCCAAUCCCAAAGAUACCGUGCGCAGUCACGCCUCUCCCAACCCCAGCCAUUUCAACCGAGCAGAGGUAGAUUUUGCUGCCAGGUUCCAAUUUUGGGGUUAUCCAUUCACAGAGGACCGAGGUAGUGCGUGCUGUGUCCAUUUUGAGGACCCGCGCUUCAAAACCGGCAACUUGCUUCUUGGAAUAUCACAUGCCAAACCGAACCGAAGUGGAACGGGCGAGGAAUUGUGGCCGACCAUCACUAUGUGUCUCGGUUUUAUUCCUUUGAGCCAACGCCGCCCUACCGUACUGUGGCCGUCUCUGGACAGUUCUGCUUGCCUGCGAAUCCAAAGAAUCAAGCUGCACACUAUUCUGUGGCCCACCCGUCCUGGAAGGUCCUUCAGGUCGCCAACACCACCUACCAGUGCCCCCAAAUAUCUUUUGUGUCUGGAAUGA